AGUGCGGUCAGCAGCACAUGAUGUUUGUUGUUCGGUAUCGGUUGAGGUUAGAAUCUAGAAGACUGUCACUUCUGUUAGGCGGAAUUUCCAAACAAGAAUUAUUGAAUUUGAAGUGGAAUAUUUGAUUUUUAAAGUUUGUCUUGUAAUAAAGCCGUUAAACCAGGAUGAACGACCGCCUGGUUGCCUUGAUCGAUAUGGACUGCUUCUACUGCCAAGUGGAGGCUAGGCUUAACCCCACAUUAAAGGGUAAACCAAUGGCCGUGGUGCAGUACAAUCAGUGGAAGGGUGGCGGGAUAAUUGCAGUAAACUAUGAGGCCAGAGAUAAGGGAGUCACUAGACACAUGAGAGGCGAAGAAGCAAAAAAACACUGCCCUGAAAUACAGCUAGUCAGUGUACCGUCAGUCAGAGGAAAGGCGGAUCUAACAAAGUACCGAGAUGCUGGAAGAGAGGUUAUCAAAGUAAUCUGCGAGUUCAGCGAAUGUGUGCAGCGAGCGAGCGUGGACGAGGCUUUCAUAGAUCUCACGGAGGCGGUAGAGAAACGACUUGCCAAUAAAGUCAAAGUAUCACUGUCUCAAUUGGAAAAUACCUUUGUCGUCGGUUAUUCACCAGAAGAUAACAAUGAAGAUGAGCGAGAGAGGGGAUUGACAACAUGGCUGCAGGAAGUUUACUCCAGUGAACUCUGUGACCCUUCAUUGCACAGGCUUGCCACCUCAGCAGCUCUCGUGGAGGAGAUGAGAGCGGCCGUCUUUGACAGGACUGGCUUCCGCUGCUCUGCAGGCAUUUCUCAUAACAAGAUUCUUGCAAAGCUGGUGUGUGGACUGCACAAGCCCAACCGACAGACAGUGUUGCCAAUGUCCAGUGUGGCUGAGCUGUAUCGCACUCUGCCAGUCAAGAAAGUCCGAAACCUCGGAGGGAAAUUCGGUAACGAUGUGGUGGAAACACUGGGCAUUACACACAUGGGGGAGCUAACAAACUUCACAGAAAAACAGCUGCAAAAUAAAUACGAUGAGAAGACUGGAACUUGGCUGUAUAACAUUGCCAGGGGCAUUGACCUUGACCCUGUGACCCCCCGACUGAUCUCCAAGAGUAUUGGCUGCUGUAAGAAUUUUCCUGGUAAAACGGCACUCAAUUCCAAAAAGAAAGUGACUCACUGGCUAAUGGAACUGGUUGAAGAAAUGGCUGAAAGACUUCAAGAGGAUAUACAAUUGAACAAGAGAAAGGCACAGCUGUUGACAAUUCACUUUAGCCAAGAGAUAGACGGCAAAGACGUAUCUAUGUCCCGAUCCACGGCACUUCCGAGCUAUGAGGCUGACAAGAUUGUGAGCUGUGCGUUCAAUAUUCUCACCAGAUAUAACAGUUCUCAAUCUGACGACGUCUGGCAACCUCCACUAAAGUACCUGGGUUUAUCUGUUGGGAAAUUCAUGGAGUACUCAGGAAAUUCAAAGAGUUCAAUUGAUAAGUUCUUCAAAAACAUUACAUCCACAACAGUGAUUAAGGGAGGUAACAUUAACACAUGUAACUUGGGGUCAGUAGCAACUGAUAAAAAUACAGCUAAUCAAACUACCAGUAGACCUAUUAUAAAUAAUGUAAACAACAGGCAAACUGAAGCAUCAGAUCCUGCACCAAGCUGUAGCAACACCAGUGUCAAAAUAAAUGGCCAAGUUUCGUUUUUUGAAAAGUAUUUUAAAAAUCGGUCAAAUAAAAUAAUCAAUAAUAGCCCUGUAAAACAAAGUAGGAAUCAAGAAAUGGAAACCCAUGAUAGUUUACGACAUAAACACCAGGAGAAUAAUCAAAGUGAUCUAACACAUAUGGAAAAAGAAGUAAACAGUGAUGAUACCGAAAACAUCAAGAAUGAAGAUAGUAAUGAUUACCCAUCCAGGGAUCAUUUAAUAGCUCCAGAGAAAAGUGAAGAAGUCCCAGAAAACAACAGAGACGAUACAUGGAUAAGCCCCUCAGAGAUCUUUCCAGAUCUGGAAAAUAUUGACGACAGCGUAAUGGAAAUUCUUCCAUCACCAAUUCAAAGGAAAAUAACGAAUAUGAAAACACUGAAGAACAGUUGUCCAAAGUUAGAUAGUAAAGCUCAGUUUAAACAAUUCCUGAGUAAUGAUUCCCGACUGUCCACCGAUUCGGAAUGCGCUCCUACGAGAGUUGAAACUGUUGCCGACAUUCAUGCAUCACCCGGGGGGCAGAAUAUUGCAAGUAGCUCUGCUAAGUGUGUCGAACAUCAGAAUAAAGUCGAGAGAGUAGAUGAAGAUUUGAUAGAACCAGAGGGUCUGUUCAAUACCACCUCUUUAGAUCUGUUUGAGCUGGAAGCAGAAGAAGUGCGCGAAGAGGCUGAAGUGCAAAGUGAAGUGUGUGAUUUGUGUUCAUAUUGUAAAGAGUCGAUUCCCGUACAUGAGCUGCCUGAACAUUUAGACCACCAUAUGGCUAUGGAGUUACAUGAACAAUUGAACAAGCCUCAGCACCCUCAGAGAACUGCUGAGUCUAAUGAAAUUAGACCCAGCAAGACCGUGACUGUGAUAAGCGAUAAGAAAAAACGAGGCAGGCCGAGUAAAAAGGAUAACUUGCCUCCUAAAAAGUCAAGGACUAUUGUAUCAUUCUUUACUAGGAGUUGAUUAAUAUAUUUUAGGUACUAGUAUUAAUGCAAUAUUAAAAAUAUUAAUAUAUUAUUGCAUGAAAAUAAAUUAUUUUAUCGGUUUUCUAUUGUUAAUUAGUCAAUGUAAAUUACAGAAUUUGUUGAAAUUGUUCAUUUAGGAUAACUUAUUUAUUAAUCAAAAGAUCCCAGUUUCCAUAACGUAGUAAAUCUUAUACUUACGAACAGGGUUCUCCAAACUUUUUUUGGGCAAAAGUGGAUGAUUUUAGAAGAUAGGCAGGCCUAGUACAUUCACAUGAAAGGCAAUAUAGUUAAAUAAGUAUACUAAUUACCAAGAAUUGCAAGUUCUACAGUAACUGUGGCAAUGCAUUAGGUUUAAAAAGAAAACUAUUCAAGAUUUGUAUACAAAAUACAUAUAUUUAUUUACAAAAAUAUUCUUGUUGUAUAUGUUAGAGAUUUCUGCAGUUGUUUGGCCAAACAAUUCAAAUUAGCUCGAAGUAUGACAUUGCUAUCACCAAAAUAUAUAUUAGGUGUUCAUCAAAUUAGGGUUGCUCUAUAAUUGGAUUUAAGGAAAGCAUUUUGAUCUUUGAAGUCAUCAGUAAAGACUUGAAUGAAAAAUGUGUUACAUUUUGCUAAUCGGCUAGUAAUAAAUUAUAAAUCAAUUAAAUUAGUUAAUAAUAAACCAAGACUAUGAAAUACAUUUCAAACCCUACUUGUAAUUAGAGGAUCUGCUUUUUUGUAGCAUUCCUUUUAGUACUCUUUCAAGUUUUAUUUGGCAGCAUUUUUCAUAAAUUCCUGAGGUGUAUUUUCAAUUUAAACUUUAAAGAUAACUUUUAGGAAUUUGAAAUAGCUGUAUUUUUUUCUGCUGUUGAUGCAUCACAAAAGUCAGCAAACUGAGUUGGAAUUCCCUCCCUUAGUUACACAAUGGUAUUAACUAAAUAAUUAGUUUACAAACCAUUUUUAUCUUCAAAGUCUCCGCAGGGAUUACUUCUGGAUGGUUUAUACCUUCCAGUUGAACCUACCACUGGGCACAGCAAAAACCGAUGUGUCACUUAAAUCUGGGCAACCUUAUGGAUGUCCAGGAGCCAAUAAAAUAACUUUUAAGUUUAACAAUAUAAUAAUGUAUAUAAAUAAAUAUUUCUAUAAAUAUAAGCUUUAACUAAUAGAAAUGAGUUGCCAACCUAAUUAUUUUGUCGCUUUGCUAUUAACAGAAAAUUAAUUUUUGUUGACUGAUCUGCAGGCUUUAGUUUGGAGACCUCUGCUUAAGAGUAUGACGUAGAAGUUUGGUAAUUCUUAACAAUUUGUAUGUUAGAGUAUAGUAGCUUAUUUAUUUAUUUUAUUUAUUAAACAGUUGUUUUACAUAGUCUUGGUCUCGCCAAGUUCAACAAAACUUGUCGGUGAGGUCCAUGAUUUAUUAAAAAUCAAAAUCAAACUUUCAAUUUCUUAUCCUUAUAUAUAUAUAUAUAUAUAUAUAUAUAUAUAUCACAUCUUUUCUCUUUUUCACAAUGGAUUACAUAGACAAUUAGUCAAAUUUAAAUAACUUUAUAUAUUAUAUGAUUAAUAAAUUCACCACAAAGUGGUAUAAAUAUGUCCUAGUUAAGCCAGUUUAACCCCUUAAUGGUUUCUUUUGUAUCUUAAACUAUGUUAUUUUUAUUGUCUUUUUCAAAUUGUUAUUUUUUAUAUAUUGUUUCAUUAUCCGUGUUUGUGUCAUCAUCACUUAAAAUGAAGCCAUUCGUUUAUUUGUGCGUAGUAUAUUUCCAUAGUACAAUAAACAUUAAAAAUAAAACCAUAAAAUACUCCAGGAUGGGUGACAUACAACAACACGCUGUACCUGUCUGCACUGUGCGACUACAGCGAACUCAACAAGAUGCAAACAUUCAUGACAGGGUCGUGGAAGUGUUGAUUUCUAGUAUAAAACGCUACUAAUUCCAUGAUUCACGGUCGUAAUAGAAAAGCUUCUUGCACAAUAUAAUGUCAGACAACAGAAACAUAACAAUGCAUAGUAUUACGUCAAUUAUAAACUUUUACGCAACCAUUAUGAACGUAAUAUUACAUUAAAAACCGUUAAGGGGUUAAUACACUAGCAUAAAAUGCAUAGCGUAGAAACCAACAAACAACGAGAUCCAGUGUCCUAACAUUUACAGAUAUUUGUACAGAAAUAAGCAAACAAAUAGACAACAGUAAUAUAAUUAAAUUUUAAUAAAGCGUUUCUCAGUUCAGUGGCAUGAUUAAUAUUAUGGAUGUUUGAUUUAUUUUACUGAAUUUAAACUAUGUAGAUCUAGUUUGCUAGUCUGUAGAUGGGAGAGACAAAUCCCCUUUAAGCCUUAUUCUGCCUGUCUGAGGAUCUUAUGAAACAUAUUAAGGGAGACAGUUGGACAUCAAUGUGCUACUUAGUCUCUUAUUUUUGGACGUAUUUUACCAUGAUUGUAACACAUGUUAAAGUUAGUUUAUAUACUGUCCAAAUAUAAAACCAUGAGAUUUACAUGUGGGUAACAGAAGAGGGUUAUUUCCAGACCACAUGAGGUUAGUCAAUAUCCUUAAUCUAUACAAAAAUCUAAAUUGAAAUCGUGGGUGGUUUGUUUCUCUACCUAAUUAAAUGGUAAUGACUCUCUGUUAUUACGCGAUAAGACUUAUUAUUGCUAGUAUACGUAUAACCAGGUGGGAAACUGAUGAAUCUACUCCUUUUAUUCACUACAUAUUUCUAAACAUGUCAAGGUGUUUUCCUCAAGUCGUGGGAAACUGAUUGUACAGCUUUCUAAGCCACUUCAUGCCUAUAUACAACAUUACUUAUUCAAAAUGUACCUUAUAUUUUACUCCUCAUUAUAAAAGAUAAAUUAAGUUGGUUCAAAUAAUUGUUUCCAAUCUUAAGUGAUUUUCAACUUAAAUAUUAUUCUUUAAUUUCUAAUGCUAUUUGUUGUGUUGUUUUAACAAUGAUUGUUGGAUAGAAAUAGAAGUAGAACUCAUUAUAAAUCAUAAACUAUAGUAUGAAAUAAUUAUAAUCAUAAUUAUAGUAUGAAAUCUAUAAUCAAUAAGUUAAUAAUUAAUUGGAAAUGUGAUAUAAAAACCAAAUCAAUAUUUUUUGUAGUUAAUGUACAUUUUAACAGUAGUUUGUUUCACAGUAACUUGAAAUAACUAUUUUAUUAUUAUUGUUUUAAAUGUGCACUAUUUUUACACCUCCGUCCUUAAAAUAAAAGAUUUUAUAGCUCA